AUGCUAGAAGAAAAUAUUAAAGAAAGAGCUGAAAAUUUAAUGGGAUCAAUGACUGGUGCUCCUAAAUUACAUAAUGUUAAUGAUCCAAAUACUCCUAAUAACCAUAGGUGUGGUGCCCAUUUCAGUGUUGUCAUUAGAACAGUUAUUAUUUGUGAUGAAAAAGAUCUUUCAAACCCAGAAAUGGGAUGGCAAGAAGUUUUAUUAAAAUUGCAAUAUAACAAAGUUUGA